ACAGAACACCGGGAGACGCGAGGGGAGGGGAGCGCGGCCGCUCUGUGCGGCCCCGCAGGCCGGGCUGGACGGGCGUCUGGCCCUUUAAGGGCCGCCCCCGAGGAGGUGCCAGGCCCUGGUGGCUCCGGUCUCUUCUUCCUGGUCCUGCGGGGCAGCGACUGUCCGUGUGUCUGUGGGGAGGUGCUGUGCCGGUGCCAGCCCAGGUGCCCCCAGCCUGGUCCCAUGGCCCUGGUCACAGUGAGCCGCUCGCCCCCGGCCAGCGGCUACUCCACGCCUGUGGGACCCACGCAGGAUCAAGCCUCUAAGCGGAGAAGCCGGCUCCAGCGAAGGCAGAGCUUUGCAGUACUCCAUGGGGCUGUCCUGGGACUGCAGGAUGGAGGGGACAAUGGAGAUGCAGCUGAGCCCAGCCCUGAGCUGGCGGAGGAACCCCCAGGCGAAGAGCAACUCCACGGGCACCAGACAGACAAUGGGCAUGGGCCCCAGAGUCCCCAGAAGCUGGAGCAGAGUCAGCACCUCCACCUCAUGGUGGAGCUGCUGAGGCCGCAGGAUGACAUCCGCCUGGCAGCCCAGCUGGAGGCAGCACGGCCCCCCCGGCUCCGCUACCUGCUGGUAGUUUCCACGAGAGAACGUGUGAGCCAGGAUGAGACAGUGCUUCUGGGGGUGGACUUCCCUGACAGCAGCUCCCCCAGCUGCACCCUGGGCCUGGUCUUGCCUCUCUGGAGUGACACCCAGGUGUACCUAGAUGGAGACGGGGGCUUCAGUGUGACAUCUGGUGGGCAGAGCCGAAUCUUCAAGCCAAUCUCCAUCCAGACUAUGUGGGCCACGCUCCAGGUGUUGCACCAGGCAUGUGAGGCGGCUCUAGGCAGUGGCCUUGUGCCAGGGGGCACUGCCCUCACCUGGGCCAGCCACUAUGAGGACAGACUGAGCUCUGACCAGAGCUGCCUCAAUGAGUGGAUGGCCAUGGCAGACCUAGAGUCUCUGCGGCCUCCCAGUGCUGAGCCUGGCCGGCCCUCGGAACAGGAGCAGAUGGAGCAGGCGAUCCGGGCUGAGCUGUGGAAGGUGUUGGACACCAGUGACCUGGAGAGCAUCACGUCCAAAGAGAUCCGGCAGGCCCUGGAGCUGCGCCUGGGGUGCCCGCUCCAACAGUACCGCGACUUCAUCGAUAACCAGAUGCUGCUGCUCAUGGCCCAGCAAGACCGGGCCUCCCGAAUCUUUCCGCACCUUUACCUGGGCUCGGAGUGGAAUGCAGCGAACCUGGAGGAGCUGCAGAGAAACAGGGUCAGCCACAUCCUGAACAUGGCCCGCGAGAUCGACAACUUCUAUCCCGAGCGCUUCAUCUACCACAACGUGCGCCUCUGGGACGAGGAGUCGGCCCAGCUGCUGCCCCACUGGAAGGAGACGCACAGCUUUGUGGAGGCUGCCAGAGCGCAGGGCACUCGGGUACUAGUCCACUGCAAGAUGGGUGUCAGCCGCUCGGCGGCCACUGUGGUCGCUUAUGCCAUGAAGCAGUACGGCUGGAGCCUGGAGCAGGCCCUGCGCCACGUGCAGGAGCUCCGGCCCAUCGCGCGCCCCAACCCCGGCUUCCUGCGCCAGCUGCAGACCUACCAGGGCAUACUGACCGCCAGCCGGCAGAGCCAUGUCUGGGAGCAGAAAGUGGGUGGGGCCACCCCAGAGGAGCCCCUGGCCCCUGAGGUCUCGACACCAUUCCCACCUCUUCCGCCAGAACCGGGGGGAAGUGGGGAGGUGAUGGCAAUGGGGUUGGAAGAGAGCCAGGCAGCCCCAAAAGAAGAGCCUGGACCACGGCCCCGCAUCAACCUCCGUGGGAUCAUGAGGUCCAUCAGCCUCCUGGAGCCCCCCUCGGACCUGGAGAGUGCCUCAGGGGCCGGUGACCUGCCAGAGGUUUUCUCUUCAGAUGGGUCUUCAGAUGAAGGCCCUCCGCAGCCCUCGCCUCAGCUCUCGAAGGCUCCGGGAGGCCGGCGGGCCCGCAAGGGGCCUUGGCCUGCUCUCAAGUCCCGCCAGUCUGUGGUCGCCCUCAACAGCGCCGCCCUGGUGGCCAGCCGGACCCAGGCCUUCCAGCAGCAGGAGCAGGGGCAGGCUGGCUGCUCCUCCGCACCCAGGCUCCGGAAGGUGGUGAGGCAGGCCAGUGUGGAUGGCAGUGGGGAGGAGGGCGAGGCCUGAGGCCUCACACAUGCCCAUGCCCCCCUAGACACAAACAGAGGUGCCUCAACACACACAGCUCCUGGGACGAGCACCCCGCACUCCGUCAGCCUGUCUGCACUCCUCUUAGCUCCUCCCCCGGAGGCCCCAGACCCCCGUCACUACAGCCUCAGCUCCCACAGCCUUACGUCUCAGACCCAUGUCCACCCGUCCAAGGGCUCAAGACUUUCUCUGUAAUUGGGAAUGUGGUGGAGAGACUGAGGCGCUUUGGGGGCCAAUAGCACACUAGCUUCAUUCUCAACUGCUGCCUGAAACACUUGCAGCCACGGAAUAAAACACCGAGUGUCUCCGUGCAGAAAGGCUCAUGUUCCCUCCCUCACCCACUCCUGUCUGCCUCAUCCCUGCCCCAUUUCCUUCCUGGGACCCUCCAGGCCAGAGAACCAGGGGCCCCCAAAGGCUGAGCGUAACCUCAGUCCUCAGUCCCUAGUCCUGGGAGGCUCUGAGGAGCGGAGAGCUGGGCCCUCUGAUGGGGCUGGCAGUUCGGCCUUCCUCACACACCCUACAGCCUGCCGGAGUCUUUUGCUGUUGCCCCAGGAUGCACCACCCCCUCCCCUGGCCUCUCUGCCCCGACAUUGGCACUGCCCUGGGCCACAGAGCACCAGGCCAAAGAGAUCUUUUUGUCCUUCACGGCCUCUGGCCAGUUUUUCAUAAUAGUAUCUGGCUUUGUACUUAGAAAUAAAAAACAUUUUCAUAUUA